GGCAGCCCUGGACACUAUUAUCCUUUGGACGGAUAGUCCAACACAAACAACUUGCUCAUUCAGACAAAUCAUUCGUACAGACGAAAAAUGACUUUCGGUCGCUUCCACCUGGAAUCAACCUCUGAUUUGUCUCAAUCGCACUCUGUUGUGCCGGCCAGGCCCUCUUCUCAUACAUCAGGGCCUUCGGACAAAAAGAAGCAUUCCCAGAAGAUACAUUGUCGAUGGAUAUUUCUUACCUACACAGAUUCUUCGUUUGAGCAGGAAGAUGAUUUUGUGAAUGGGUUUCGAGCGAUGUUGGAGCGGAAUUCCCUCGCUUCUUCUACGUUUUUUGGAUGUCGUGAGGACCAUACGGAGGGCGGAGUUCUCUAUCAUGUCCUUCUACACCUUGGGAAGCAGGUUAAUUGGAAAGUCAGCACUGCUCACAGAUACCUCGUGGUUUCAGAUAACCCACAUGAGUCUAUUAAUAUAAUCACUCGGUACCCUGAAGUAAAAUACCCGGACUUCAUCCACAGCCAUGUUGAAUACUGCGAGCAGGUCGCACUCGAUGAUUGUUUUGGCAUAUGUCCAAAUAUUUCUGCGGCACAGGUUGCCAGGUACACCAGGAAGUGGGUCGAAGUUGGGCAGCAGCCGACGAAAGCUGCGAAGCGGGUUAAACUGAUCGAACUUCUUCCUCAUGAAUAUGACAGGGAUUUCGACAGCAUAGAAUCUGCUCUUGAUUACGAGCACCGCAGGGAGGACUGACUUGGAUGACGUGUUCUCAUUGCCGAGUUACCUUGUGCCGUCUAACUUUCGGAUUACGAUGAAGAUCGGACAAUGAAUGUCUAAAAGAAUGGAAUACUAGCAUUUGGAUUAUGGAGGUCCUUGCUUAGAGUCAGCGAGACGUUUAUGGAUAUAAAUCUGUGUUUCUUGAUUGUUUCGAUUGGUGGAGCUGUUUGUUUGCACCGAAAAUGUUGUUUGGUGGUGUGGUUAUGGGUAAGUAGUUCAUUUCGCC